AUGGAUAGAUUAAGUCAGUUGCCUGAAGCGUUACUCUUGAGAAUUAUGUCUUUACUGCCUGCGAAAGAUGUCGUGGCGACAAUGGUUUUGUCGAAACAGUGGCAGCUUCUUUGGAUGUUGGUGCCAAAGCUUGUGUAUGAUGAUAGCUAUCAAGAUAUUGAGUAUGGAAGGUUUUCACGGUUUGUAGACAGGUCAUUGACUCUUCACGAGGCACCAGUUCUAGAUACUUUGCAUUUAAAACUCGGUAAAACCUCAUGUGGUAGUGGAGACAUUCGAGUGUGGAUUAAAGCAGUAGAUAAGCGUUGUUUGCGCGAGCUGAUUGUUGAGUUUGAUAGUAAUAAUUCUUCAGUGGUACUUCCGGUGAGCUUGUAUACCUGUUGUAGAAUGCUUGUGACUCUGAAGCUAAAUAACGCGGUUCUUGUGGAUGUUACAUCCUCGUUUUCGUUUCCAUCCCUAAAGAAUUUGAGUCUAGUAUCCAUGAAGUAUCCAGGUGAUGAGCUGAUCAAGACGUUUCUAUCAAGUUGUCCUGUUCUUGAAGACUUGGUUGUGAAACGAUGCCUAGAUGACAAUGUGACUAUUUUCAAUGUUAGAGUGUCUUCUUUAAAGUUUUUAGUAUUGCACAAUAAAGGAGAUCCCGAUUCCGGGUUUGUGAUAGAUACUCCUUCUUUGGAGUGCUUGGACAUUUUUGAUAAUAGCGGUGAGUUUUGUGUUAUUGAGAAUGAUAUGACUAAGAUUGUGAAGGCAGAUGUUUGCUUUGAUAAUGCCAAUGCUCAGCAGCUCUUGGGGUCAAUUUCUUCAGUCAAGCGUCUCUAUUUAUGUGUACCAUUCUCAAAGGAUGCUUACCCUGUUGGUAGUGUCUUCCACUGUCUUGUAAGUUUAACGCUAUGCACAUGUGAGACAGAGUGGCUAAAUCUACUUAUGUGUAUGCUCAGAGAUUCCCCUAAAUUACGAGCUCUCAAACUUAUUCAGGAUCAUUCCUUUCGUUCUGAAUCACGGCCGUGCUGGAAUGAACCGAGUGCAGUUCCUGAAUGUCUGUUGACAAGUCUUGAAACUCUCGAAUGGGUAAAAUAUGAAGGAAAAGAAGAAGAGAAAGAACUAGCGGCAUUCAUCUUGAGAAAUGGAAAUUGUUUAAAGAGGGUAACUAUCUCCUCUAAAUCCACUGACCUCAAGGAAAAAUAUGAGAUUCUCAAGGAGUUAUCAUUGUUGUCUAGGCGUUCACCUACAUGUCAGAUUGCAUUCAACUGAAGUUUAGUCAAGUCCUGUUCAUUAGUCAAGUUGGUUUUGUGUUUGAUCUGAAUCUUGUAGAUGUUAGAAGCGCUUAGUACUUGGUGUUUUCUCUUCUUAAAGAAACUCAUGUUGCUCAAGUUUUAAUCUUCUGACGUUAGAUUGUGUUUUCUCAUGUUCUUAAAACCCUUUUUGAGUUCUUA